GGAAAACAGUUAACAUUCUUAGCAUUCAAUUCACGACGACACGGGCGGUUAAUUGUAUUUGAAGAUAAAAUUAUUAAUUGUAACAACAUGCUACUUGAAUUAGUGGAGCAGUAUUUGAAAAAUAAUAAAAUCAACUUAAUUAAUACCACAUUUCUGGGAUUCACUGUAGUUAUUGUUAUCUUUGGUUCGCUCAUUACGGUGGUGGAACCCAUCUUACCCGAUUUCAUAAAACAAUCCUUUCGUUAUGGAAAACAUAAACACAAUGGCCCCGAAAUAGCACUAGUUUCCCGAAUGGAAGUACCAAAAUCAUGGUUUAGUCAUUUCUAUGUUUUUGCUUUCUCCUGGGCACUGUUGGCCCUAUACCUAGUACUCAAAGGCAUUAUUAUGCACACGACAGCUCCAGAUUAUGUGUUGGAGUUUUUGGAUUUUGUUGCUGGUGGCGCUGAAAAUCGUAAAAUUUUAAUCAACUCGAAUAGUGCUCUGGUGGCCAGUGUCCUUAUGACAUUACAAUGUGCCCGGCGAUUCUACGAAACCAAUUUUGUACAGAUUUUCUCGAAGAAAAGUAAAAUGAAUCUGUCUCACUAUAUGGUGGGUUAUUUACAUUAUUUUGGAGCUAUACUGGCAUUGCUGUUGAACACUGAAGGUUUUGUUCGAGGUUCCCUGCCCUCGUCAUUCAGCUUUACCAAAAUCACUUUACUACAAUAUUUCUGCAUAUUUGUGUUUCACUUUAGUUGGUCGCAGCAGUAUAAAUCAAAUAUGAUAUUGGUUAAUUUACGAAAAAAUCCCAACACCGGCAAAGUUGAAACGGAGAAACAUUUAAUGCCAACUGGAGGCUUUUUCAAUGUUGUAUCAUCGCCACAUAUGUUUUUCGAAAUCUUAAUGUACGUCUCAUUGUUGGGCAUUGUGGGAAAAAGUUUCACUUGGAAAUUAGCCGUAGUGUGGGUUUUCAGUAAUCAGCUUAUGAACGCUUUGUUGACUCACAAAUGGUAUAAGGAAAACUUCAAGAACUACCCCAAACAACGGAAAGCUUUGAUACCCUUCUUGCUAUAAAUUUCGAAGCAAAGUAUCCGGUAUUAAUGAUGCUAUUAUAAACCAAAGUAAUAUAUUUUUGUAACAUCCAAACAUUCCUACAUACAUAUCAAUUGUACUUAGUAGUUUAAUGCAUUUUUGACAUUUAAGAAAAUAUAUUAUUUUUAAAAAAAUA